AAAUAAAAAUAGCAACUACUUCCAUUCACAACUUGUUUAUCAAAAAAAGUCAAAUUUAUAUUUUAAAUAUCAAUGGCUGAAAACUCUGCCCCCUUUUAGUUAUUUCACUUAACCCCAAGAUCUCCUACCACUCAGUCGAGUUACUGCUGCCUACACAGAACAGUACUGUGCAGACUUUUAGAUUCAAGUAUUUGUGAUUGGCUGCAGCGUCAGACACUUUGGGUAACUUGGCCGCCCUCUCCAGCAAAGCCCUGCAGCGCCAUUUGAACGUGAAGAGGUGCCUUUAUUCGUCCGGGUUCCUGCUGCAGCACGUGUUUGUGGCUGGGUUUCAGAGAUCUGUAGGGCGAUGGCAGAACGGGUGCUUGUGAUCGGCAGUGGAGGUCGUGAGCACGCAUUGGCAUGGAAACUGGCCCAGUCGCCUCACGUCCUGCAGGUUUUGGUUGCUCCAGGGAAUGCGGGGACAGUGGACAAUGGCAAAAUCUCAAAUUCAGCUGUUUCUGUCAGCAAUCAUGCAAUUCUUGCCCAAUACUGCAAAGACCACAACAUUGGCCUGGUGGUGGUUGGUCCGGAGGCUCCCCUUGCUGCAGGAAUUGUUGAUGACUUGAUGGCUGCUGGAGUGAGAUGUUUUGGCCCUUCAGCAAAGGCAACACAACUGGAAGCCAGCAAGCAUUUCGCAAAAGACUUUAUGGAUCGGCAUGAUAUCCCCAGUGCUCGAUGGAAGGCAUUUACAGACGCUGGGGAAGCGUGUAGCUUUAUUCAGCGUGCUGAAUUCCCUGCCCUAGUAGUAAAAGCCAGUGGUUUGGCAGCUGGGAAGGGUGUUAUUGUUGCAGCUAACAAGGAAGAGGCUUGCAAAGCAGUCCAGGAUAUUAUGCAGGAAAAGGCAUUUGGUUCUGCUGGUGAAACUGUGGUCGUGGAAGAGCUGCUUGAGGGUGAAGAAGUGUCGUGCCUUUGCUUCAGUGACGGUGUUACAAUUGCCUGCAUGCCGCCAAGUCAAGAUCACAAGCGUUUAUUAAAUGGAGACCAGGGACCCAACACUGGUGGGAUGGGAGCCUAUUGUCCUGUUCCACAGGUUUCAAAAAACAAGCUUCAGAAUAUCAGGGAAAAUAUUCUCCAGAAAACAAUUGAUGGCAUGAGACGAGAAGGAAUCCCUUACACUGGAAUACUUUAUGCAGGGUUGAUGCUGACACAAGAAGGACCGAAGGUACUGGAGUUUAAUUGCCGCUUUGGUGAUCCAGAAUGUCAGGUCAUUCUUCCUUUAUUAAGUAGUGAUUUAUACGAGCUGAUACAAGCAACAUUGGAUGGCAAGCUCUCUAAAGCCAUGCCUUCUUGGUUGGAAGCCAACACUGCGGUGACUGUGGUUAUGGCCAGUGGUGGAUAUCCAGGUUGCUACUCAAAAGGCCAGGAGAUCACGGGUUUAUCACUUGCAAAGGAUCUGGGCCUACAAGUGUUCCAUGCAGGUACUGCACGAAAGGAUGGCAAGGUGGUGACAAAUGGUGGUCGAGUUCUUACAGUAACUGCGAUCAAUAAGGACCUGAUCAGGGCAGUAAAGGAAGCCAAUAAAGGGGUAGAAACUAUUCACUUCCAGGACGCUGUUUACAGAAAUGAUAUUGCACAUCAAGCCAUUGCAUUCAUAAAACAAUCCAGAGGACUGACCUACAAAGACAGUGGAGUUGAUAUUGUGGCUGGAAACACAUUGGUCCAUUCAAUUAAGCCACUUGCAGCAGCCACCUCUAGGCCAGGCUGUAAUGCUGAGCUUGGAGGAUUUGCAGGCAUCUUUGACUUGAAGGCAGCUGGAUACAAUGAUCCAAUCCUAGUCUCUGGAACUGAUGGUGUUGGAACCAAACUAAAGAUUGCGCAGAUGUGCAACAAGCACGACACUUUGGGUCAGGACUUGGUAGCGAUGUGCGUAAACGAUAUCCUGGCACAAGGAGCAGAGCCACUUUUCUUCCUCGAUUACUUUUCCUGUGGUAAACUGGAAGUGGGCACAGCACAGACUGUGAUUGCUGGUGUCGCAGAGGCCUGUAAAAUGGCAGGAUGUGCACUAUUAGGGGGAGAGACCGCUGAAAUGCCAGGAAUGUAUUCCCUGGGAGAGUACGAUCUGGCAGGCUUUGCAGUGGGAGCAGUGGAACGUGGGCAGAUGCUACCAAAGUUGGAGCACAUCUGUGCUGGUGAUGUUCUCAUUGGCGUUGCUUCAUCUGGACUUCAUAGUAAUGGCUUUAGCCUUGUUCGAGCAAUUCUGGAGAAGUCGUCUUUGCAGUGCUCCUCCCCAGCACCAUCCAGCUAUGGUUCUCAGACACUCGGAGAUGUGCUGCUAACGCCGACUAGAAUUUAUGCCAAGGCAUUGCUGCCUAUUCUGCGUCAGGGGCUCGUGAAAGCUUAUGCUCAUAUUACUGGAGGUGGACUACUAGAAAACAUUCCCAGAGUUCUUCCAGAAAAUCUUGGUGCUACAUUAGAUGCAGCAUUUUGGAAGAUUCCGGAAAUCUUUUCAUGGCUACAAAGAUUGGGCGGUCUUUCUGAGGAGGAAAUGGCUCGCACAUUUAAUUGCGGAGUUGGAGCUGUGCUCAUAGUGGACAAGGACUGUGCUGAAGAUGUCCUGUGGAAGGUGCAAAGCUGCUAUGAAGCGUGGAUUGUUGGAAGUGUUGUGCCGCACAAUACAGGUUGUGAAAAAGUAUCAAUUAAAAACCUCAUGAAAACACUACAAUUAAGUGAGCAGUUGAAUGGAAGUGCUGCAGGUGGUGACUUAUCACAUUGUGAAGGUCAUACUGGGAAAAUGAGAGUGGGUGUUCUUAUCUCUGGAACAGGAACAAACCUUCAGGCCAUUAUAGAACACACAAAGGACCCUGCUAGUCAUGCUGAAAUAGUCAUUGUUAUCUCCAACAAAAGUGGCGUAGAGGGACUGAAGAAAGCAAACCGAGCUGGUAUUCCUACAAAGGUAAUCGACCACAAAUUAUUUGGAAGUCGUUCUGAAUUUGACAGCACUGUCGAUCAGGUGCUUCAGGAAUUCUCCGUUGAACUGGUUUGCCUCGCUGGAUUUAUGAGAAUCCUCUCUGGUCCCUUUGUCAAAAAGUGGAAUGGCAAACUAUUGAAUAUCCAUCCGUCACUGCUACCAUCCUUCAAAGGAGUUAAUGCUCACAAGCAGGUGUUACAGGCUGGAGUUCGGGUCACCGGCUGUACUGUGCAUUUUGUGGCUGAAGAAGUAGACGCUGGAGCAAUCAUUGUACAGAAAGUCGUGCCAGUGAAGGUGGGGGAUACCGAAGAGACACUGUCAGAAAGAGUGAAAGAAGCUGAGCAUGUGGCAUAUCCAGCUGCAAUCCAUCUGGUAGCCAGUGGAGAAAUAUGUUUGGGAGAAGAUGGGAAGAUUUGCUGGAAAGCGCAGAGCUGCAGUUGAAGCCAACCAACAGGGGCUCAUUGGGAUUGUUACAAAAAAAAUUAACGAUUUACAAACUGUACCAAAUACAGGUCCAUGUUUAGUUUGUUUUUAGUAUCUCUUUGGCACAUUCCACACCAGCUGUGAGUUCCAGAGAAUCCCCUAUGCACUAAGUUGUGCCCACUUUGAUAUUGUUACCUGAAAUAGGUUAUCAGUGAUAGAACGUCUUGCCAUUUCAACAGAGGGGUACUUUUACGGACUAUAAUAGAAAACUGGCGAAACAAAUUUUAAAAAGUACAUAUUCUGUGGUACCAAAACUUUCAAAGAUGAGUAAUACUUUGUUUUUAUCCUUUGACAGUCUCACGGUGACUUAUCUUAAGUGAACAAUUUUGACCUUGAAAAGGAAAAGGAAAGCAGAAAUGUGUGAAGUAUUCCUAGACUGAUGCAGACCAGGCAUUAAUUACAGCGGAAACAAACCAGUCCUGAUGCAGGGUCUCAAACUGAAACUUAGGAGAGUUCCUUUCCUCCCACAGAUGCUGCGCGAUCUGCUGAGUUGUUCUAGAUUACAGCAUCGGCAUUCUCCUGUGUCACAGCCGAUGCCUUUGUCUUUGAUAGUCCCAUGGCAGAAGGUUAGACAAAAGUAACAUGUAACGAAUAAAGGAAACAGUAGGUUACAGAGGCAAAAGUAGUUUACUGAUUGCUCUAGGUACCCUUCAGCUGUUGUCUAAAUUACCUGGUCAAUACACACAGUAAGGGCUGGUUUAAGCUCUGCUGCAAACAGCUCAUCAAUACGAGAGAUUCUGCAGAUGCUGCAAAUGCAGAGUAACACACACAAAAUGCUGGAGGAACUCAGUGAGUCAGGCAGCAUCUAUCAGGAGGAAUAAACAGUUGAGGGUCUUGGACUGUUUAUUCCCCUCCAUAGAUGCUGACUGACCCACUGAGUUCCUCCAGCAUUUUCUGCAAACAACUCAGCUAAGUGACCAGAAUUAAAUGCAAUGCUACUCUGUAGUGGCAUCAGCGCUGGACUUCGGGGCGAGAGGUCCCGAGUUCGAAUCCGGCCGGCUCCCUUGCACGCUCUCCAUCCGUGCCUGGGUUGAGUGUCGAGCUAGCAACUCGACCUCAUAAAGAAAUCCUGGAGUGGGAUGGGCUCCGCCAGGUUUCAGAUGCCCAAGACGUGCCGUACGAUGAGCAAUCACCAAAAAGAUCGGUGCAAAAAGCUUGUCAUGACGGCGCCCCAGUGACUCUACCAGCAGAUAAGGGUGCACACACACUCUGUAUACGAAGGUUCCCUGCUGUCCCAAACGUCCUGUCAUAAGCAAACCGAUAUCAAUUAACUUGGCUUUGAACUACUGUGAUAAAUAAACAGUGAAACUCCUGUAAUCCAGUAUUUGGCUGUGUGAAAAUAGUCUGGCCUUUGUCUCACCCAGGAUCUCCCGCUACACUCAGUAGGACCACUCCCCUGUGCUUCCUUUGAAUUCAGCAGGACUCUGGUUCCCGUACUCUGUUUAAACGCUUGAUUCACUGGAAUGUUUAUUAGUGUAACAUCUAAACGCAAAGUGACUUAAAAGUAUGUUGGAGUAUUAGAACGUAAUGUAAUACAGCACAGUAGGGGCUCUUCAGCCCACAGUGCGUGCGAACCUACAUAAACCUACUCUAUGAUCAAUCUAAUCUUUCCAUUUUUCUCACAUCUAUGUGCCUAAGUGUCUCUUAAAUGUCCCUAUGCACCACACAGUGUGUUCCAGACAUAAACCACACUGUGUGUGUGUGUAUAUAUAUAAAAAGAAUCUACCUCUUGACGUCUCCUAUAAACUUUCCUCCACUCACCUUAAUAGACAUUAUAUCCAAGAAUCUGGGAAUUCUGCCAGUCCAGUCCGGCACCACCAAAGUCCUGGAAGUGCUGAAUUAAUUGGGGUGUUUUAUUUUGAUAGUCUCGUGGUGACUUAUUUUAAAUGAACAAUUUAGAUUUUCAUGCUGAAUCUUCUUGAUGUGGCAGUAUGUAAGCAUGUGGAGUAAAGGUCGUGAGCAAAUUCUUCAGUGAAAUCUGCAAGCAAGGUGUUGACAGAAAAAUACUCGGGACUUUGCUGUUUCCAUUUUCCUUUAACAGUUUAGUUGUGGUCUAAAGUAGCCUGAAUGUUACUUAUCAUUCCUGAGUGUACAUACUGCUAGACCUGCUCAUGUUGUGCUGUAAGCUGGGAGCCAUUCCCUGGGUCUUGAACAAUUGGUUUCAUGACUGCAGACUUGCUCCUACCUAGUGCUGGUUUUAUGGAUGGGAAUCUAACUCUGCACGUGGAAAGAAGAUCUGCAUAUUAAAAUUGUGGGACGUGUGAGUGCCUUUAUAAGUAUUUCUAUCUUCCCAUUUGAGCUGGAAAAUCAGAUGGUGAUGCCUCAUUGUUGACACUAGUGCCAUUUGCUUUGCCUUGAUUUUGUUCCAUGAGAAGAUCUUCCAUGGAUGAUGAUAAUUUUGCCUUUCUAGGAAUAUGAAAUAAAAUGAAAAUGAAUGCUUUUUUUUUGAAGAAAUGUACUUUUGCUGCAUUCUUCCUCAUUAGAAUAAAACAGUACAGCUGGCAGAAAUCUGAAAUAAAGACAAAGUGCCAGAAAUACUCAACAUGUAUAGCAGCGUCCAUGAAGAAGGAAACCAAAAUAACACUUUGGCUCAACAGGAAAUUCCAACAUUUUCUGGUUCAACCCUUCAAAAACCUGAUUUAAGCUUCAUUUGCAUGACUCCUCUCCCUCAAGAAGGAAGGUGUGGAACAGAUCAAAAUCUAUAGAACAAUCUUGUGUCCAUUUCUCCAGGGGGUUUCUUUUACCAUUCAUCUUUCUGUG